CUUCGCUCCGUCUGCCUGGAUUAAACGUGCACUUUGCAGUCCUCACUUCUCCAUACCAGUGAUCUGGGGAUCGCUACGGACCUUAAAAUACCCAUAGCCCCUUCGCCCCUGCAACAGGCACUUCUCCCCACGUUUGAUGUGUGAAUAAUUACAUUGACUGAGAAAGAAACCCAGAAGAGGAAGAAGAGGAAGGAAAAGGAGUCAGUGAUGGCUACUCAGGGGCAUUUGACAUUCAAGGAUGUAGCCAUAGAAUUCUCUCAGGAGGAGUGGAAAUGCCUGGAGCCUGUGCAGAAAGCUUUGUACAAGGAUGUGAUGUUGGAGAACUAUAGGAACCUGGUCUUCCUAGGUAUCUCUCCUAAAUGUGUGAUCAAGGAAUUACCACCAACAGAGAACAGUAAUACAGGAGAAAGGUUCCAAACAGUGGCACUGGAAAGACAUCAAAGCUAUGAUAUUGAAAAUUUAUACUUCAGGGAAAUACAGAAACAUCUACAUGACCUUGAAUUUCAAUGGAAAGAUGGUGAAACAAAUGAUAAAGAAGUGCCAGUGCCCCAUGAAAACAAUCUUACUGGUAAAAGAGAUCAACAUAGUCAAGGGGAUGUAGAAAACAAUCAUAUUGAAAACCAGCUUACAUCAAGCUUUAAGUCACGUCUGGCUGAACUGCAGAAAGUUCAAACUGGAGGGAGACUCUAUGAAUGUAAUGAAACAGAGAAGACAGGUAAUAACGGUUGUUUAGUUUCUCCACACAUUAGGGAAAAACCUUAUGUAUGUAAUGAGUGUGGCAAAGCCUUUAAAGCGUCUUCCAGCCUUAUUAAUCAUCAGAGGAUACAUACUACAGAGAAACCUUACAAAUGCAAUGAGUGUGGCAAAGCCUUUCAUCGGGCCUCACUACUAACUGUACAUAAGGUAGUCCAUACAAGAGGGAAAUCAUAUCAAUGUGAUGUAUGUGGCAAGAUCUUCAGAAAAAAUUCAUAUUUUGUAAGACACCAAAGGAAUCACACUGGACAGAAACCCUACAUAUGUAAUGAAUGUGGCAAGUCCUUUAGUAAAAGUUCCCACCUUGCAGUUCAUCAGAGAAUUCAUACCGGUGAAAAACCUUACAAAUGCAAUCUGUGUGGGAAAUCCUUUAGUCAGCGUGUCCAUCUUAGACUUCAUCAGACAGUUCAUACUGGAGAGAGACCCUUCAAAUGUAAUGAGUGUGGCAAAACCUUUAAACGGAGCUCAAACCUCACUGUACAUCAGGUAAUCCAUGCAGGAAAGAAACCAUAUAAAUGUGAUGUAUGUGGCAAGGCAUUCAGACAUAGAUCAAAUCUUGUAUGUCACCGGAGAAUCCACAGUGGAGAGAAACAAUACAAAUGCAAUGAAUGUGGCAAGGUCUUCAGUAAACGUUCAAGUCUUGCAGUGCAUCGACGAAUUCACACUGUAGAGAAACCUUGCAAAUGCAAUGAAUGUGGCAAGGUCUUCAGUAAACGUUCAAGUCUUGCAGUGCAUCAGAGAAUUCAUACUGGACAGAAAACUUACAAAUGCAAUAAAUGUGGCAAGGUCUACAGUAAGCAUUCACGUCUUGCAGUGCAUUGGAGAAUUCAUACCGGCGAGAAAGCUUAUAAAUGCAAUGAAUGUGGCAAAGUUUUCAGCAUACAUUCACGACUUGCAGCUCAUCAGAGAAUUCAUACUGGAGAGAAACCUUACAAAUGCAAUGAAUGUGGCAAGGUCUUCAGUCAACAUUCACGUCUUGCAGUGCAUCGGAGAAUUCAUACUGGAGAGAAACCUUAUAAAUGCAAAGAAUGUGGCAAGGUCUUCAGUGACCGUUCAGCUUUUGCAAGGCAUCGGAGAAUUCAUACUGGAGAGAAGCCUUACAAAUGCAAAGAAUGUGGCAAGGUCUUCAGUCAAUGUUCACGUCUUACAGUGCAUCGGAGAAUUCAUAGUGGAGAGAAACCCUACAAAUGCAAUGAAUGCGGCAAGGUCUACAGUCAGUAUUCACAUCUUGUAGGGCAUCGAAGAGUUCAUACUGGAGAGAAACCAUACAAAUGUAAUGAAUGUGGCAAAGCCUUUAAUCAGGGCUCCACACUCAAUAGACAUCAGAGAAUUCAUACCGGAGAGAAACCUUAUAAAUGCAAUCAGUGUGGGAAUUCCUUUAGUCAGCGUGUCCAUCUUAGACUUCAUCAGACUGUUCAUACUGGAGACAGACCUUACAAAUGUAAUGAGUGUGGCAAAACCUUUAAACGGAGCUCAAACCUCACUGCACAUCGGAUAAUUCAUGCAGGAAAGAAACCAUAUAAAUGUGAUGAAUGUGGCAAGGUAUUCAGGCAUAGUUCACAUCUUGUAAGUCACCAGAGAAUCCACACUGGAGAGAAAAGAUACAAAUGUAUUGAAUGUGGCAAAGCCUUUGGGCGGUUGUUUUCCCUCAACAAACACCAAAGAAUUCAUUCUGGCAAAAAACCUUAUAAAUGUAAUGAGUGUGGGAAAUCUUUUAUUUGUCGCUCAGGCCUCACUAAACAUCGAAUAAGACAUACUGGAGAGAACCUUACAACUAAACUCAAUGUGACAAGGCUAGACGUUGUCCUAGUUUCUGGAAUCACCGAAUAACUCAUACUUACUGAUAUACCUUGUAUAUUUACCCCUUCUCUUGAAAUCCCUAUGGAAUUGUAAUCUCCAGUAUUGGAGGUGGGGCCCAUUGGGAGGUGAUUGGAUCAUGGAAGUGGAUUUCUCAAAUUGAGAAAGAUUUAGCAUCAUCCCCUUGGUGCUGUCCUGGCAAUAGUGACUUCUCUUGAGGUCUGGCUGUUUAAAAGUGCAUAGCACUUACCUGUUGCUUGCUCUCAUUCUCACUAUGUGAAAUACCUACACCCGCUUUGCCUUCCACCAUGAUUUUAGCCUUCCUGAGGCUUCCCUAGAGGGUGAUCAGAUGCCAGCACCGUGUUUUCAUUUAAGCCUUCAGAAAUGUGAGCCAAUUAAACUCUUCUCUUUAUACAUUA